CGUCUCAGCAAACAUCUAAAUUUUAGUCCCUCCCGUGUUUUUUUUUCUAUUAUCUUAAGUACCAUGAACAGCUUUGCCGUGUUUUUGGCGUUCGCCUUGGCAGCCGUUGCCGUUGCCGAACCACCAUCAGGAUACAACUACAACCGUCCAUCCUCGGGAGGACACGGUGGUAGCAGCGGAGGUGGUUACAGCCACGGUGGUGGUGGUGGCGGCGGUGGCUACUCAAGCGGCGGCUACUCGAGCGGCGGUGGCGGCGGAUAUGCCGUCAGCGGUGGAUCCUUCUCCAGCUCGGGCUCGUUCAGCAGCGGCGGUGGUGGCGGAUACCAGGCCGUUCCGGCCGGAGUCCAAACCUCCGAGGGACUGAACGUCGAUCCGCAGCUGCUGAACGAAAUCCGCCAGAUUCUGCUGCGCGAAGAGAGCCAAUCGUCAUCGUCGUCCGGUGGUGGCUAUCCAUCGGCUCCGUCCAGCAGCUACGGUGCCCCAUCCGGCUCGUACGGACCACCAUCGUCGACCUAUGGGGUCCCAUCGGGUGGCUACUCGUCGCGCGUCGUCGGCAUCGAUCUGGAGGGUGUGAAGCAGGCCAUCCAGGUCGCUCAGUUCCUGCAGACGUCGUCCGCCUCGAUCCCGUCCGGUUCGUACGGUGCUCCGUCCGUUCCGUCCGGUUCGUACGGUGCCCCAUCCCGUCCCCAGAUCCCGUCGGGCUCGUACGGUGCUCCCUACUAAGUUGCGCAAUCCAGCCCCGGAAUGCCAACAAGCACGUACAUAGUAGAGAUCAUUAGCAGAGCGAAGAAGAGAGAAGAGCCCCGAAGAGCGAUGAAACGAACGAUCUUGGAAACUGGACCGGAACUAGACAACGCCCUUGCCCGCCAACCGCCACUCCCCCAAAAACCCGCGCAAAUGCAUGUGAAGAAUGGAAAAAAACAUGGAAAAAAACACGCAGCAAACACCAUCAACGCUCCACACACCCCCAUAAACUGCGAGCGAGGAGUGUCCACAUACACCUGCGGCGGGUGCCAGCUAAGAUUGGGACAGCUAAUAGGCACCGACCGGACACCGCACCUCCUGGGACAUCGAUCCACGUGAUCGUGGAGGGACAGGUGUAUGUGUGACCGUGCGUAGUCCGUGCGCUUGCUGCACCGCUGUGCCGCUGCCCAAGGAUCCAUCCUUGCGCUACGCGUCACUUCGGACCUGCGAGAGCAAAAUGGUGGUCCCCUGAGAACCCCCCUUAAAAAAACAACAACAUCACGAUCGUUGCCAAGCGCCACUAUACCGUGCGCCCUAUUACCGUGGACCACCAGUUUGUCUCUUGCCGGAGCAAUCCGAAGCGGAAGCGGUAGCAACAGAAGGAUCACGCAGCCGCGGUUACCGUGGUUGCGGCUACACUACUAUCCAGCCCACGGCCACUGCACGUGUGAUCAGAGAUCGUUAGACCGUCUCCUAUUCUCCCUCCUGUUUUUCCGUGUAAAUAUCUCUCUCUCCUUUAUCCUAGUUUUCAUUUGUUGUAGGCAUA